UAAACAGUCGUAUCAAUUUUUAAUUAAAAAAAAACUAAACUAAAAAGAGUAGGAUGAAUGAAAGGUAUAUUGCUCGAAAUGGCACAAAAGGAGUUAUAAAUCCCGAUGGCACACUCACAAGUGCAGAUUAUUACUUUGAUUCUUACGCCCACUUCGGGAUUCAUGAAGAAAUGCUAAAAGAUGAAGUUCGCACUUUAAGUUAUAAAGAAGCAAUCAUGAAUAAUAGACAUUUAUUUGAAGGCAAAACAAUUCUUGACGUGGGGAGCGGUACGGGUAUACUUUGUUUGUUUGCAGCUAAAGCUGGGGCCAAAAAAGUUAUCGGUGUUGAGUGCUCUUCCAUCAUCAAAAUCGCGUCCAAUAUUAUCAAAGAUAACGGCUAUGAUCGUAUUAUCACACUCAUCCAGGGAAAAAUAGAAGACGUGGAGCUGCCGGUAGAUCAAGUCGAUAUUAUCGUUAGCGAAUGGAUGGGAUACGCCUUAUUUUACGAAUCCAUGCUUUCCUCUGUUUUGUUUGCGCGCGACAAGUGGCUAACUCCUAACGGUCUUAUAUUUCCCGAUCGUGCUUCACUUAUUAUAACUGCUAUCGAAGAUCAAGAAUAUAAAGCCCAGAAGAUUGAUUGGUGGAACAACGUUUAUGGAUUUAACAUGCAAUGCAUAAAAGAGUUGGCCUUAAAGGAACCCCUAGUGGAUGUUGUUAAUAGCAACCAAGUCGUUACUAGGAGUUGUCCUAUUAAAACAAUCGAUAUGUUUACAGCGAAAAAAGAGGAUCUUGACUUUACCGGCUUGUUUCGCCUGGAGGCCAACCAUAACGACUACAUUCACGCGUUUGUUCUUUAUUUUCACAUUGAAUUUUCAAAAUGCCAUAAACCCGUACACUUUUCUACAGGCCCUUUGGAUCCCUACACGCACUGGAAGCAAACUGUUUUCUAUAUUGACGAUGUGCUUGUUAUAAAGAAAGGCGAAGUCGUUUCUGGACGCCUCCGUUGCCGGCCCAACGAUAAAAAUAAUCGGGAUAUUGACUUUGAGCUGGAGUAUUUGCACAAAGGCGCUAUACAGCAGAGCGCUGGAAUACGUGUAUAUACGAUGCGAUAAUCGGC